UUUUAUGAGACAAGAAGAUGAACGAGUUUCGCAGCUCUGCAGCUGGAGAUUACGAUUAUCUCAUCAAGCUUCUUGUACUGGGUGACUCAGGAGUAGGCAAGACAAGUUUCCUAGUGCGAUAUGUGGAUGAUCGUUUUUGUGAUCGUUUUCUCAGCACAGUAGGAAUUGACUUCAAAGAGAAACGGAUAACGAAAAAUCGGAAACGGCUACGUCUCCAGUUAUGGGAUACUGCAGGACAAGAAAGAUUUCGGUCAUUGGCAACUGCCUUCUUUCGCAAUGCAAUGGGAUUUAUUUUAGUGUACGACAUCACAAAUCGUCAGUCAUUUGUCAACAUUCGGGAUUGGUUGGAACAAUUACGAACACAUUCAUAUUCAUAUGAACCUUUAGCUAUCUUAGUAGGCAACAAGACAGACCUUCAUCUUGAGAGAAGUAUUGAGAAGUCAGAUGGUGAACGAUUAGCUACCAAAUGUGGUAUGAAUUACAUAGAAACGAGUGCAAAGUCUGGAGAAAAUGUGAGAGAGGCUGUGGACAUACUGCUCGACCUUGUGUGGGAUAAAAUGAUGAAAACCAUUCCGGCUGUUGGCGACCCACUACUGCAUUCAUUAGUAGCAGUUGAAGAUGACGGUAGGACAUCAAGACAAACAGAGUUAGAGUCUGGUAACGGGAAGAGAUGUUGCUAUUCGUGAGGAUAGACAACAGCAGAUAUAAAUUUAUAACAAUAUUGUAGAGCAGCGUUCUCAGAUAGUGACAAUUUGAAACCAAUAUUGUACAUAAUUUAGUGAUUGUGUUGAUGUACAAUUGUAUAUUGAGGGUGAUGAGAGUUUGUUUGAGCAUUGGCAGUCAGAGACACAGUUUACUGUUAGUUGUUUUUUAUUUGUGUUCACAUCAUAAUCAAGAAAUUGUUUAUCUUCUUUACUCACAAGAACUCACGGCAUCAUAACUUGUUUCGUUCGACUUUCUUGCAUAUGUCAGGUAAUGAUAAUAGGUAACAAACUUUAAUGCAAACUUUGUACCAGAGCAUCUAUAAACAGCAACUUUAAGUAUUUUACAAGAACCAGUGUUAGAACAUCUACUACAGUUACACGGUUUAGGUAAUUUGUAGC